ACAUUCAAGAUGCGUUGUCCCGUUCAUCUUGCUCUCAUAUGGGCGUCAGCUCGUCUCGUGGCCGCUGAAUCAACUUCCAACACGACAUAUCUUACAGCAACGGCCCUAGUCACCAAAGGCAACGACUCAGCCUUCGAAUGCUGGCAAUUGACAGAGCCUUUCCGCCGUGCUUCUGUCCCAGGUAUCAGCGGCGCGCAAAUUGUUACAAUCAGCAACAACACCGACCUUGCGUAUUCAAUUAUUCCACCACGAUUUGAUGGCGGAAUACACAAUGCACCUGUGCCGCAAAUUGUGCAUUUCCUCUCUGGAUUGGCCUACUUGACAUUGCCUCACAACGAAACUGAAGCUUGGGUUGUAGGAGGGGUUGGAGGCUUGUUGUUUGCAGUUGAUACGGUUGGUACAGGACAUCGCACUCAGUAUCCGAGCGACCAAGAAACAGUGGCAAUCGCAUUGCCCUUUGCGGAGGGCAAGAUUCCUGAUCAUACAGUUCUUGUUGAAGGUCCUUGCAACGGUGAGCAAACUUUUGUUUAA